CCGGAAAUAUGUAAAUGAAGAGCCUCGAACUGGAAGACUUCACUGACUAAUAGCUGGUGUUAACUUAUGUCAUCGGUGACUUGUGAAAAAAGGAAGAGGACAUGUCCAUUUAGAACCAUGAGCUGACAGUCUUGGCCGUGGACGACACACUACAAAGCCGCAAAGCCGGCUGGAAGAUGCCCAGGAGAAAACAGCUGAACCCGCAGCCUGUAAAAUAUACAGAAUAUCCAGGAAACUUUGUCUUGGAGAGUAACUUUCUUUUCGGACCUGUCGACAACAAGACCAUUGAAUUUGGCAGAGGCUCAGGUGCGCUGGCGACUCUCGGGCUCCCGGGGUGCCCUCUCACUUACAGCCGUCGCACGUACGGCCGCCUCUCCAUGGAGGGCCUCGAGGAGCCGCGCGACGCCGAUGGCACGGCCGAGGGAGAAGCGCGCUCCAAGGGUGUGCCGUGCCUCUCCUGCAGGCCACACGGCCAGCUGCCUAACCCCCCACCGGGAGGCGGGUCACCCAUCUCUCAGGCCCCCUGGGUCGGCUGCGGCGAAGGGUGCGGGCCGGAGGGGCGGGGCGAGUCGAGGGACGGCGCCGCGGGGGAGGAUUUUGGCUCUGCGGGCGACGCGGCGGACAAGGUGCACUCGUGCGAGCUGUGCGGCUUCUCCUCGCGGUACGCCAACCACGUGAAGCGGCACAUGAAGACGCACAACGGCGAGAAGCCGUACCGGUGCCUGCUGUGCGCUUACGCCUCGGCCCAGCUGGUCAACCUGCAGCGGCACGUGCGCGUCCACACGGGCGAGAAGCCCUACAAGUGCCAGCACUGCGCCUUUGCCUGCAGCUCCCUGGGUAAUCUCAAGAGGCACCAGCGCAUGCAUGCGCCCAGCAGGCGCGCCCACUGCGCCGACCGCAGCGCCGCCGCCGACGCGCACGGCCCCGAGUUACGCGCAGCGGGCCAGAGGGCUGCGGACGGGCCAUCGCGAGCAACAGCGGAAGGCGCUGCAGUGUCCAAUCUGGCGCUUCACGUGAAGAGCGACGCAAACCACGCACGGCAUUACGGCCAGGAGUCGCCAGGCCUGCUGGACACAGGGGGGAUGGGCCACGCCUCCCAAGGUCUCCCCAACUUCCUGUUCCCCUACGCCUGCACCCUGUGCGGCCGAGGCUUGGCGGACGAGGGCUCCCGCGGAGGCCGGACCUGCGGCAAGUGCGUGAGCAGCGCAGCCUCCAGGGGGCACUGCGCCAGCCCCACGGAGCUGGAGCUGAGCGACAAGCCGUACUCGUGCGCCGUGUGCUCUUUCGUCACCCACUACCCCAAUCACCUGGUGCGCCACAUGAAGACGCACAGCGGCGAGAAGCCGUACCGGUGCCCCGACUGCGACUACGCCUCGGCCCACCUGGACAACCUGAAGAGGCACCACCGCGUGCACACGGGCGAGAAGCCGUACCGCUGCGCCCUGUGCGACUACGCCUGCGGCAACCUGGCCAACCUCAAGAGGCACCAGCGCGUCCACUCGGGCGCCAAGCCCUUCAAGUGCGCCGUGUGUAGCUACAGCUGCAACCAGAGCAUGAACCUCAAGCGGCACAUGCUGCGGCACACGGGCGAGAAGCCCUUCGCCUGCCAGGAGUGCCCCUACACCACGGGCCACUGGGACAACUACAAGAGGCACCAGAAGAAGCACGGCCACGGCGCCGACGGCUGGACCAAGGUGCGGCUGCCGGACGAGGAGGGCGAGGACGACGAGCCCUGACCGUGUCGGCGUGCCACUACGGGACACACACGGCGCUCUGCUUCUUGUGCUCCACUAGCUAUGGGAAUAGGGAUGAAAUUAUGGGGAAAGGUGGCAGCAUUCAUAACUGCUUAAUGUCAGCGGUCUCGCUUGCUGUGUCUUAAGUUACUCCUCCGAGGGUCCGUCGCGGCUACAGCACAUCCCCGUUACGCUCAGCGUUCGGCUUAUGUUGGUUUAUCCGUGGGGAAAAGCGGCGUUGUAAUGAAGCUGAACUGGUUCUUUGCCUGUCAAAUUAAAAUUUUAACAUGUAUUUUAGAAUUUGAAGCGGUUGAAAACACGAAACCCUCGGCAGGAAUAUUUAAGGCUGCAUUUUCGCGUGUCUCAGCGUAUUAUUUCACUGACUUAAGUCACCAUGGAGAUGGCGUUGUGGGAUCGGCCUGGUCCUCAGUCGGCGCUUCUUGCGGCAGAACAGUAGGUGCUGCUGCACACAAGUGGCGUCUGUGUCCCUCAUGAACCGCCAUCCGGAGGCUCGACAGCAGCUUUGUCAUGGUGAACAACCUUUAGUCAUCGGUUUUGUCUGUUCCGCACCUUCUCAAAAACAAAUACCUCCAGACCGACAACAUUACUGAUGAUAAUGGGUCUUAUGUUUUCACUUAAAUACUUACCUUUAUACUGCACAUGAGUAUGUAAGUAUACCAUAAAAUGGUACUCCUCACCAUGAAGUGUUAAGAGUUUAUAGACAGGUUUGUCUGGCAGCUUAAUAAGAAUCAAUAACUUUAAUUAGUGCCGCCCAGAAAGGUGCUGUGUGGUGAACAAUUAAAUUAUGAAAAUCUGUUCAACAUAACCAUGACAAGGGGACUAAUUCAAGUAUCGGUACUAAAGACAUUCUUCCAUCAGCCUGCCGGCCUCACUCCCAACAAUUCUGAAGUAACAUGGCAAACUGAAUUUUACUCUCUCAGAUUACUGCAGUUAGUCCAAGAAAAUGUUUUGAACUGCACUGUAAUUUGUUAUACAAAAGAUUGCACUUAAAAUCUGUAGAAGUGGAAAAGAAACAGGAUUCCUCUCCUGCUCUGUUCAAAAGUGACCGGUGUUCUCGCUGCUCACCACUAGAGGGCGCCUGAG